AUGUCUGAAGAAAACCCAGAUACGACAGCAGUACCCGUCACAAAUCCUGUAAAGACACGCGUCAAGGAUCCAAGAAAGGUGGAAGCAGGGCGUAGGCUUGCUAAAAUCAGUAAGGAAGCAAAAGCCAGGAAGAAGGCACAACUCGAAGCUAUCAAAAAAGAGGAGCAAAAUGUUCUGAUUGAAGAAUCUGAAAAUGAUGGGUCAAUAGUCACCCUAGAAAGAGUCGGCCUGGUAGUAGGUAUCGCCGUAGGGCUUGGAUCCCUUUACUUCAUGUGGCACAGUAGUCAGGAAAAGGACGAGAAACACGGGGAAGAUAAGAUUGUAGGGGAGCCGAAACCUGUUGUUAUCACACCAAAAUGUCCUGACUUGUGUGACUGA